AUGAGCGCGGCCCGCCGCUUGUCGCACAGCCGCUUGUCGGAUAGCCCUGAGAUCGUCCCCAGAAAAGAACAGCUUGCAACGAUCGCGACGAUCCCCAGCCCGGUAGCGCCGUUUGGGCUGAUGGCGAAGAUGAGCUUGCGGAAAAACCCAGGACUCGGAAGGAUUAAAUCAAAGAGUAGCAUUGGAGGUGAGGACGAUGAGGAAAAGGAAGUCUGUCUCGCAAACCCCGACUUCUUCCGUGCCAGUCCUGCUCUGGAGAAAGCACCGGCUCAGAACGACGUGCCUCACAUCCUCCGCAGCGGUUUGAUCACGAUCGAGGAGGCAGAGAAGCUGAUCAAGAUAUACUGGGACUACAUGAACCUGUCUGUCAGCCUGCUGGACCCUGUCCUUUACACGAUGGAAUAUCUCGUCAUCCACAGCCAUUUCCUGUUCACCGUCAUCUGCGGCAUUGCAUCAAGAUUCUAUACCGAGAAAUCUGGGCUCUACCAGAAGGCAAUGCAUUACGCCCGACUCGCGGCUGGUACUGCGCUCACCGGGGGGCAGAAGUCCGUGGAUGUCGUGCAUGCAUAUAUCCUUCUUGCGCUGUAUCCUGUCCCUUCGAGGAAGUGGGAGGAUGACCGCAGCUGGAUCUAUCUGGGUGUCGCCAUACGGAUAGCGACAGACUUGAAUCUACACCACCCGAUCACAGCAAACCCGCGCGAUGAGAUGCAUGCUCGCGUCAUGUUGAACCGUACACGCGUGUGGCUCAACUGCUUCAACCUGGACCGCUCGACGGGCUCACAGUACGGCAAAGCACCGAUCAUCAACAACAACGAUUUUGUCGCAAAUCGUUCGGGCGAGUGGUGGGACAGCUCGCCGUACAACAUGGCUGGCUUUGACAUCCACCUCGCCUGCCACAACGCAGACCUCACCAUCAUGGGUCGCUUCCGCAACAUGGUCAACAGCGAUAAGAACAGCCCGAAGGGCUUCAACAAGAACCUCGACAUCGCGGAUAUCGCAAGCAGGUUCGACGACGAGCUUGCGCAGACGUGGAGCGUGUGGAUCAGGCGUGUCCGUGAGCAUACGGACCCGAACGACCCGCAGUGCAAGUUCCGCACUGGACUGCUUCGGCUGGCAUACAGUUAUUCGCGCACAACGAUCUUGUCGUGGGGCUUCCAGUAUGCAUUUGGUAAGAGCAACCUUGGCCGUGAUGUGGACCUGCUUAAUAGGUGUCUGUGCGCCGCCAUGGAUGUCUUAGCGUCUAUACUUGACGAGAUUGCUGUCCCAGAGCAGAAGAUCUUCCUUCGCCAUGGCCCCGAGGCGCAAAGUGUCUUCGUGACGUUCGCCUGCGCCUUCCUUAUCAAGCUCCUUCAGCCCCGUUACGCUUCCUACCUCGAUCGUAGCCAGCGCCAACAGAUUCGCGACCGCGUUCGGCAGAUCAUCGACCUGCUCGGUUCUCCUGAGGUUGCCAUUGACGACCAGCACAGCCCGAAGGUCUAUUCUCGCUUCCUGCAGGGUCUGUUAGACAAAGCUGCCGCGCGGCUCGACCAUUCCCCGGGCCCGCAUAGGAAGCAGCUCAAGGCCAAGUCCGAAUCGCCGAUGGUGCAGAAGAUCGAGCUACAUGACGGGGACCUGUACUCCAUGCAAUCCUCGUCCAAUCCCCGCAGCGCCAGACCAUCGCUGUCACUGUCUCCCGAGCCAGAGGUACGGUCCCCUGGGCUCCUGGAUUCCUAUCUACCCUCGCCACUCACGCACGAGCCGGACAUUAUGACGACGGACUCUUCUCCGUUCUUUGCCCCUCCUCUGCCAUUCAACGAGCUCUUACUGUUUAUGGAUAAUUGGUCGAUGCUGGAUGUGCCUGGUAAGUUGUGCCUUGAGAGACCAUCGCACGUAGUGGUGAUUGAUUGA